UCAUUUCUUGGAGGGGAGGAGUUAACGCUGCCGGAGCUGGGGUCAUAACAAAAUGUGUGUCCCCGACUAAAGCAACAUUAUUUCCGCCCUGGUCCGGUGUCCUGAAUAUCUCUGCGAGGAGCUUUUUUAAAUGGACUCUACAACGAGGCUGAGCUGAUAGUUGUUGUGACCGACCACCGCUCCGUGUGCGCUCCGCCUGUCGCUCCUCACCGUCGGAACCGAAGCAGAGGAUGGAUGGAAACUUCUCACCAGUUCCUAUCUUAUCAAUAGUCCUGCUAACCGUGGCGUUGUCACCCUCUACAGCCGUUUUGGAGCCUUACGACCUGUUAUAUGACAAUGCGGUGCAGGCCUUUUACAACAAUGACUACAGCGAUGUGGUGCGCUUCAUGGAGGGAGCGCUCAGCAGCUACACAGAGGUCCGGCGCACCAGGGUCCGGUGCCGUCUCGGGUGCCAGGACCAGCAUCCGUUUGAUGCAAGCUUCUCAGACCUGGUUUUCUUCGACGUUGUCCUUAAGAGAGCAGCGUGUAUGAACAAAUGCAUCGAGGAGAUACUCGGCUCGCAGUCGGUGCAUAAAGUCAGCGAGGAUGUAGUGCAGGACUUCCAACGGAGGAUCCCCUACAACUAUCUCCAGCUUGCUUAUCAGAAGUUGAAGCAGCCUGACAAGGCAGCAGCAGCGGCUCACACCUACUUCCAGGCCAACCCUGAACAUGUGGAGAUGGGUCAGAACCUGGAGCAGUACAAAGACCUGCAGGGCGUUAAGGAGGACCACUUUGUGGACAGAGAAGCCCGACCUCACCAGCACUCCUUUACUGCAGCGGUGAGGUUGUACGACAAAGGCGACUACGAAAGAGCCAUCGCUCUGUUCGAGGAGGCUCUGGUGGAGUACUAUAAAGCAGACGUGGAGUGUCGGGCCCUGUGUCAAUGGCCGCAGAGGUUUGAGGGCUAUGACUACCUCCGCUACCGAUACAGCCUCCAUGAAGUCAUAUCAGAUCACUUCACUCAGGUGCUGCACUGUGAACAUGAGUGCGUUCGAGACCUUGCCACCCGGCCAGGCCGCCUCUCACCCAUGGAGAACUACCUUCCUCUGCACUACGACUACCUUCAGUUUGCCUACUUCCAGGUGGACAGGCUCGAGGAGGCACUUCAGUGUGCUCUGACCUACCUGUUAUUCCACGAGGGAGAGGAGUUUGUUACGGACAACGUGGAUUACUACAGAGAGGUGCUUGGACACAAUGGCAAGCCAAGAGAGGAAGCUGCAUUAUACCUGAGGAGGCACAAACAGGAACUGGAGCUCCUUUUGAUUGGCAGUAAAACCAUGGGUGUGGAAUUUACUGAAGGGAAUUACUGGAGCAGCACAGGUGGAAGAGAUGACUCAAACAGGAUUCCCUCUGGUACAGACGGCUGGAUGGAGUAUGUUCCCAUCUCGGAGAAGAAGACAGUCACUGUUGUUGCUCCACAGCAACUCAAAGAAGGUGGCCCCUUGGUGUAUGACAGUGUGAAGCUGGUGCAGAACUCUGCGGCCUUGAACGGGACCCAGCGGGUGCUGCUGGAUCAUGUUAUAUCUGAGGAGGAGUGUUCAGACCUCAGACACCUGGCACAUGCUGUCACCAUGGCAGGAGACGGUUACAGAGGGAGGAUGUCUCCACACACUCCCAAUGAGAAGUUUGAAGGAGCCACUGUACUUAAAACCCUGCAGUACGGCUACGAGGGAAGAGUGCCAAUGAGGAGUGCUCGCCUGUUCUACGACAUCAGUGAGCGAGCAAGGCGGAUAAUUGAGUCUUACUUUCUGCUCAACUCCACCCUGCACUUCUCCUACACACACCUGGUGUGUCGAACAGCUAUCACAGGCCAGCAAGAUCACAGGAAUGACUUGAGCCAUCCCAUCCACGCUGACAACUGUCUGCUGGACCCCGAGGCCAACGAGUGCUGGAAGGAACCACCAGCGUAUACAUACAGAGACUACAGUGCACUGUUAUAUCUAAAUGGAGAUUUUGAAGGAGGGGAGUUCAUAUUCACAGAAAUGGAUGCCAAAACAGUGACGGCGUCCGUGAAGCCAAAGUGCGGCAGGAUGGUGGGUUUCUCAUCAGGAGGGGAGAAUCCUCACGGUGUGAAGGCCGUCACCAACGGACAGCGGUGUGCUGUCGCUCUGUGGUUCACCUUGGACCCGCUCUUCAGAGAACUGGAGAGACUGCAGGCAGAUGAGGUGAUCCAGGCGUUGGACACACAGUCUGUGUGGGGUCAGGGCCUCACCAUCAACCCUAAAGAUGAAUUGUAGAGACAGAAAAAAAACAGCUUCGCCCCUCCCCACUCCUUUCCAUCAAAUCCUUCUAUAUAUUUUAACUACUUAUUGAAUUGACCUUUGGAUCCGAACAUUUCUAUUUUUGUACUGUUUGAAGUGCAAGAUUAAUAAUAUUGUCCUUUUUGUGUUGUCAGUUGUAUUUGUCAGGUUUUUUUUUGUUGUUGUUUUGUUUUUCUACACACAAUUACUUGAGUUUACCUUUGGUUCUUUGUCUUUGCUUCCAGUGACAGCCUCUAGUAGAGAAAAAAAAAUCAAAUUCACUUUAUUUUGUUGAUCCUGGUGAGUUGGCAAAGUAGACCAUUAUAUAUGUAAGACUGCUCAUAACCUGUAAUCUCACUAAACUGUGAAGAAGCCAAGGAGAAGAACGGUGGUUGACAUUUUUUUUUUGCUUUGAGUUGUUCUGAACAACAUAUUCAAUUCAUUCAAAAACACUAUGUACAGAUAGUAAGAAAUACCUUUCAGUGGUCAGUGGUUAAAUAAUAUUAGAUUAAGUCUUCACAACUGGUACUGUUACAUAUGCUAUUACUAACAAAAUUAUGAUAUUUAGUAAUGCAUUUUUUUUUUUUUUUUUUUUUGUUAUUUCAGUGCCAGUAAUAAUUAUUUUCACCGUAGGCAGAGCACUGUUUUUCUAAUUUGGGUAUCUGAUUUUCAAAUAGCACUCAUACAAAGACUUUAAGAAAGAGAUAUGUUUUAAUAUGCUGAAUAUUUAAUGAUCAUGCACUCUGCCCUUCUCUGUGUGUCAAGUCUUAAACUGUCUUCUGUCACUACUUUUUGUCCACUUUUCUUCUUGUUGUUGGCGUGUUAAAUCACUCCCCUCCUUUCUGGGCACACAGAGCAGAAUACUGGUUUACAUGUUCACUGACAUGAGAAGAUGUUGUAUGUGUUUGUGUUUGACUUUUAUUUAUGUGGUUUUAUUAAUAGACAGCUGCUGUUGUAACUGUCGGCAUUUAAUAUUAGGAACUUUUAUUCAUAAAAGCUGUUAAUCGUUCCUGUUUCAAGGAAUACAUAUUCGUUCGGCCUUUUAUGUCUUUAUAUUUGUGUUGAUGAUACAGGUGAUAUGCCGAGUCGUGCACUGUAAAUCCAAUGGAAAGAAACAUACAAAGAGUAGCUUCUUUUUUUUUUAUAGAUUCAAACUGCUAACCAGAAACUUAAUCCUGUUGUUUUAUGAGGUUGGCCACUUUUGUUUUCACUGAUAUUUAAUUCUGAGAUGCUGUAGCACAAAAAUGUAUGUGUACAUGCCUAUAAAUUAAAAAUAUAAUAUUCCAUAUCUA